CCGGUUCUGGACUUUGUUCUGGUCUCAUUUUGGUCCAGAGCCGCUGCAGAAUCCGGUCGAACAUGGAGAGAGUCGUUAUCGUCACCGGAGCGAACAGCGGCAUCGGCCUAGCCCUGUGCGAGAGGCUGCUCGCUGAGGACAGCCAGCUCCGGCUGUGUCUGGCCUGCAGAAACAUGCAGCGGGCCGAAGCUGCCCGCUCUGCCCUCCUGGCCUCUCACACCACUGCCCACGUGGACUUGCUGCACCUGGAUGUGGGCUCCGUGCAGUCGGUGCUCAGCGCUGCUCAGGAGGCCAAGAGCAGGUACAGCAGAAUUGACUUUCUGUAUCUAAAUGCAGGAAUUAUGCCCAAUCCACAGAUAGACGUUCGAGCCUUUUUCAAGGGUCUGUUUUCCAGGAACGUCGUCAACAUGUUUGCGACAGCAGAGGGUCUCCUCACGCAGCAGGACCGCCUCAACUCAGACGGCCUGCAGGAAGUUUUCGCCACAAACCUGUUUGGUCAUUUUCUCCUGAUCAGGGAGCUGGAGCCUCUGCUGUGUCGGUCGGGUCACACCUCCAGAAUAGUGUGGACCUCCUCGAGUAACGCCCGCCGCUCUGCCUUCAGCAUGGAGGACAUUCAGCACAGAGAUGGGACAGAGCCCUACAGCUCCUCCAAAUACGCUUCAGACAUGCUCAGCAUGGCCCUCAACAGACACAAGAACAGCCAGGGGCUGUUCUCCUCUGUGAUAUGUCCAGGCCUGGUGAUGACUAAUUUGACCUAUGGCAUCCUCCCCUCCUUCUUCUGGACUCUCAUCAUGCCCAUCAUGUGGCUGAUUAGGAUUUUCACCAACACUUUCACACUGACACCGUACAACGGCGCCGAGGCACUGCACUACUUGUUCCUUCAAAAGCCUGAGUCUUUGGAUCCAAGAGCAAAGUAUCACAGUUUAACAUCAGGACUUGGAACCAAUUACACUCAGCCUCGACAGAUGGACAUCGAUGGUGAAAUGUCCGAGGUCCUUUUCUCAAAACUCCUGGAACUGGAGAAAGCAGUGAGAAGAAAACUGAGUGAGAGAAAUGCUGAGGACAAAGCUCAUCGGCAGUACGUCAGCGAAAUAGAGUAGUGAAGUGGACAGAAUGCAGCUUGAACCAUCAUUACAUUCCAGUUGGACCAUUAAAUAGUGUUUUCGUUGAAGUGAAACAACCAUACUGCUGCUACCUCAGGUGAAACCACAACUUGGAUUUAUGCAAGUGAUCAUAUUGGCUAAAGGAGUACGGCAACUUCUGCAGCACGUCAGUGAAAGUGUUUGCGUCUUCCAGAUUCUGCAUCAUCAUGAUCUUAUUUAAAGAGCCCAUAUUAUGCACAUCUACAGGUUCAUGAUUAUAUUUUUGGAGUCUGCUAGAAGAUAUUUAUAUGCUGUAAUGUUCAAAAAACACUUUAUGUUUCUCAGACUGUGUAUUGUUGCAGCACCUCUUCUCAGCCUCCAUCUGAAAGUUACCAUUUUAGCUCGUCUCUCUAAGGCCCUCCUCCCAACAGUCUGCUCUGAUUGGUCAGCUGACCCAACCAAGCAAAGCAACACUGAUAUCGUCCACCACAUCUAUGAGUAUGAGGAUGUACACCUAGCAGAAGCAGCUCAAGAAGGACAGUUUCUCAAUCUCUGUUUAAGGGCCAAACUAGCUGCUAAACUGGGAUUAUGCAAAUGUGUUACACAAUGACAUCAUUAAGUAACGCAAGAAAAGCCUGGACCUCGAAUGAGGCGUUUCGAGCCGGUAAGGGGAAAAUACACUCCCUCUGGUGUGGAAUUUUGCCCUUGUAAGACCUUUUACAUGCACAGAAAGCUAGAACACACCGAAAGAAAGGGAAAAACCUCAAAAGCAUCACAUGGGCUCUUUAAAUAAACUACUGCUCCUGUUAUUGUACUUCUCACGUAACGUCAACAUACACACUCACACGUGUCAUUUACCAAAGAGGCAAUGCAUUCAUUCCUGCAAAUGUUUUUUUAAUUAAACAACACUAUGCUUUUAAAUAUCCAACGUUAAUAUUCAAUCACUAGAUUCACACAGCUCCACACUUUCAAAUUUCUGUUUUAUAUCCUGCAAUUAUCUUGCUCUCAGCGUGACACUGAUGUCAAAGUCGUGCAGAAAAAAACAAUCCCGAACACUGUUUUUAGAGAAAGGAAACUGAUUUGCGCUCGUAGCUCUGUUAGCGGAGCUGUAAAGACUUGAAAUCUCAUCAUAACAUGCACUUGACCCACAUCACACUCAGAUGUGAUUUGCAUAUCCGAGACGCCUGUGUGGGUUUAAAAGGCCUUUUGUGAUAAUUUGCCAUUUCUUCUCUACAAACCUACUCACGUUGCUUAAUGUGCCUUUUUUUUCAUUAUCCAGUAUGUUAACAUUGAAAAGAUGCAUUUUAUCUCUUGAAA